GAGCAGCGCGGCGGCUGCGUCCAUGCUCAGGAAAACAAGAUUCUAAGUGCGGCGGCUGGCUGUGGUGGUGCUCCUCAACCUCAUUCGAAUAGAGAGGGAGCAUGGCGGCUGUCCGUUCUGUCCUUCGUGGUCUACAGAAAAUCUCAUCGCCCCGAUUGCUUGCUGGAGGGGUUUGCGUACCCAGCAGAAACGCCAUAUACAAUCCCCGAUACAUAGAACCGCUCGGGACCGAUCGUGACCAACUGAAAGAGGUUCUAAGUUCCCCUGAUGCUGAAGAACUUCAGUUCCGACCUGUGAAAGCCGCGAUAAGUGAUGCGUCGAAUUCGAUAUUCUACGAUCCGCUCCUCCUGAAGUUCAUAAACAUACUCAUGCGGAAGGGUGACAAGAGUCACGCGACCAAGUUGGUUCACAAAGCUUUCUACUCAGUCAAGCUGAUGAAAGACGGGAAUGGAUUGAACCCUCUCGACACGUUCACGCUCGCCAUCCGGAACGCCACCCCGGUCCUAGAAACUGUUAAGCUCAAGCGAGGCGGUAUCUUCUAUCAGGUUCCCGUUGCAUUGAGUGCGGAACGAGCCCGUUUCAUUGCGAUGAACUGGAUUAUUGAGGCGGUCGGUGAGAGAGAAAAGCCCACUCGGUUCCACGAUCAGCUAGCGAGGGAGCUUGUCGACGCUUCGAACAACGUCGGUCGAGUCAUCAAACGAAAACAAGAAGCACAUAAAGAGGCAGAAGCCAACAAAGCCUACGCGCAUUAUCGAUAUGCGUGAUAUAGCUAUUUAAGGAUUGUUCCGGAGAUAUCCUAGUCGUUGAAUUCAAG